CAUACAAAGUGGGUAGGGACGAUCAGAAAAUGUGUAGCCUGAUGUCUAAGGAUUGGGUAACAUCACUUUAGGAAUUCCAGUGUUUCCCUCAAUCAAAUCAAUAUGGUUUAAAUAAUGCGAAAUGCGUCUUUUGAUUAAAGUUGAUAGGUCACAAUAUUUAAUGGGGAUUUCUUCUACUUAAAAAUAAAAUCUAAUAAAUCAUCUAAUGCGAAACUACGAAGAGUAGUGAGUAAAAGAUUGCAAAUUAAAAAUUAAAUGAGGAAUUGGUUCAAGUAUAUAUCACCGUAAUAGGACCAUGAGGAUAAGCUGAUUUUGGGAGUUGCCCCUUAUCAUUUUAUUUCUUUGUCAAAGAUAACAGGCAUUUACGCACGGGGUGGCAAUAAACUGAUAACUGUAUUCGGAAGUGGGUGUGUGAUUUUGCUCUUCGGUGUAAAUAGAGGGUUGAACGUCGACACGUUACGUCACACUCACCGGUAUUUUGGGUGUAAUAUAAAACGCAUAUUACAGAAAAACGUUGUGAUUUUUCGAAGAAACACCGUGUGGAAAAUCGGAGCAAUAUGUCGAGAUUUCUUUUUAUUAGUGUUGUACUUUUUCUUGGAUAUUCAUACGCUGCUGUUCUACGCAAUCAAAAAGAUGAAAAUAAACUAAAUGAAAAGGUUCAAGGCCUCGAUGCGAAGAUAUCCCAGCUUCGCGACCUGUUGAAUGACAUCAAGAAUGAAAAUAAUAGGAAAGGUUCCUCCGACAGUGUCCAAACAAAAUCAGUUGUCAAGGAAGCUGAUAUGACACCACCUAAACUGCCCGAAAAAACAAAUCUACCGACGCCACCAUCGUUAUCACCAGAGGAAAUCGCUGUUUUAAAGAAACUAAAAACAGCGCUAGAGAAUGAAAUGAAGGGAAAAGACCAAAAUCUAGAAGCAUUUGAAGAGUCUGUGAAAACCGAAAAAGCGCCUGCGCAGUUGGGAAACUUUUUGGAUCAACCGUUACCUGAAAAAGCUGUUGAAGAAUCGGACCAAUUGAAACAGCUAGCGUCUCUUAUGUCCCAGAGAUCAAACACAGAACACAAAGAUGAGAGAGGUGGUUUUGGACGGAUUAAAGAAGCUGAAAACACAGUUGAAGCACACAGAAACACAUUCAGAGAAAAUCUUCUGAAUGUGCUUGUUGACAAACUACUCGAAGACACAGAUACAGUGUUGGAAAAAGGAUUUUCUUUGGAGGAUGUUUUGAGGGUACUAACUGAGAAAGGUGCGCAAAGAGACAAAAUGGAAUGUCAGUUCACACAGAUAUACAUGUACAUAUCAUCAACAUGGCGUACAUUAGCAAUUAAUCAAUGUAUCAAUUUCUCUCCGCUUUACAUAUAUAACUCAUAUGAUACAUUCCUUACUAAAUAUCUUUAAUGAACCAGUUUGAGAGGUGAAAUGAUACGAUACAAAAUAAGAUUGUUUUAAUAUUUUACAGCAAAAAUGGAAAAAGAAAGGAAUGCCCUGGAACAGACAUUAACAAAAUUAUUGGAUGAAGUGAAUAUUUAGGAAAGCGGUGAUACCGUCAUCAACAAUUCAUUACCGGGCAAUACGAAUCUCCAGAGAGAGAGAGAGAGAGAGAGAGAGAGAGAGAGAGAGAGAUUUUGAUAACAAUUCAAAUGAUAUAUUAGUAUGUAAAAAGUUUGAAGUAAAGGUGAUUUUUAUUAAAACAUCUGAUUAAUUUAUGCAGGAAAUGGACUAUGAGAGAGAGAGAGAGAGAGAGAGAGAGAGAGAGAGAGAGAGAGAAGAACGAGAGAGAUUUUGAUAACAAUUCAAAUGGUAUAUUAAUAUGUAAAAAGUUUGAAGUAAAGGUGAUUUAAAAAAAACCCAACAACAUCUGAUUAAUUUAUGCAGGAAAUGAACUAUGAUUAGUUUGAAUACAUGUACAUUAAACGAGAUGUUUUCAUUAUUUCUAUGGAUCAAAGUAUGAUUUUAAAACAUUUUAUUUUCUAGUAAAUAUAUUUAUACGGUGUUCUUCCAGACUAUCUUAAGCUGAUUGACUGUGGUAUUGUACAUUUACAUUAAAAAUGAAACUAACUUUACAAA